AUGGCUUCCUCACGAGAGUUGUCACCAGCGAUGGAGUCCAACUCGGCAUCUCCAGGCCAAUUGACGCCUACUUCGAAGGUUAAGGCUCUGCUUGCCACGUUCGAUAAAGAUUCAGAUUCAGAGAGUAACUCCGGAUCUGCGAGACGGAGAAUAACAGCUGCACUUGCGAGCACUUCCCCUUCGAAACCCAAGAAGUCCGUCGACCGGACCGAGCCUCUUGGUACCACGAAUCGAUCGCCGGCGAAGCGGGAAAAUAAUAUUACGGAUGACGAUGACGAGGAGGAUAUUGUGCGUCCUAAAGGCAGGUUAGCUGCGCGGAUGCAGGCCAACGACGCAGCAAGUUCCGACGAGGAUACACCGCAUACAGGCGACGCGCGGGAGAGAGUACGGAGGAUGCUCUUGGCCAAGAGCAAGAUGUCUGAGACGACUGAAGAUACAGAUGCCCCCAACACUAGUGGUGAUAGUAACGCCCCGGUCGUCUCACGGAAACGCAAAAUUAGAACUUCUCGUCGGGAUACCCCAAAGUCGAGUCCUGCGAAAGAUCCCACCUCGCCCGGACUAUUUGUUUCGCCUUCUAAAAGCAAGCACGCUGACUCUGGGGAUAAUACCUCGGACUCCGACGCACUCCCCGCCAACCCACCCAACGAUGACCGUUUCAAGGCCCUCGUCCAGAAGAAACGAGAAGAACGUCAAGCCAGAGAAGCUGAGGCUGCAAAGGAGAAAGCUAAAAAACUCGCCGAGCGGAAGAGGCAUGCUAAAAUUCUGGAGGAUGACGAGGACGAGCUUAGCGAUGUCAGCGUAGGGAGAAGACUCACACAGCCAACACGAAAGGCGGGUAAGAAGGCACAGGAAGAAAUCCGCAGGGAGACGCAACGAUUGAGCCGGAAUCAACAAUUAGCUCACAAUGCUACCACCAAAAAGAAAUACCUCAAGGCGGACCUUUUUGCAAAAUUUAACUUCCGUCAAGACACCAAGGCCGCCGAACCGACCGAAGCCGUUAGCUCUAGUUCUCCAGCACGACAUCAUUCCGAUGUUGAGAUGAAAGAUACUCCUCCAACAUCUCCAGCCUCUGAUGCCGAGCAGAGUCAAAAGUUAGGGGGAAACUUGGAGCUCCCAGGUACAGGGAACGAGCUCCAAAACAUGGACGAUGAUGAAGAUUUACCUACCCUCGAAGACGCUUUAAGUAACGUGCCUUCGUCUCCUCCCACUCGUCUGGACAAGGGCAAAGGGAGAGCUGUAGCGCAGGCAACUCCAGAGCUCCAGAUGCCCAGAAAAAAGUCGCCCUUUACCCAGCGACCUAUUAGAAUUCGGCAUUCAAAGAUUUCCGACAAGAAUAACCUUGCAGCGGACGAUUCUGACAGCGAUCUAGAAAUCGUGAGUGAAAAGACGUUUUCUCCAAAAACGAAGAAUCUGGAUUCCAUAUUCGAUCGUAUUCCUGCUAGGAAAGCAAGGGAAUCGCAAUCUAUCCAUGCUUUGCGAAUGCUUGCCCAGCUCACAUCUCCGGGAAAGCAAUCCUUCAAAAAGAAUAAGAGGCCAUCAAUGACCACUGGGGAACUUCAGAUGUCCCUUCAGCAACGGGCGAAGCAACAGGCGAAAUUCGAAAGAGAGGAACGGCUGCAAGCCUUGAGGGACAAGGGUGUCAUUGUUCAAACGGCCGAAGAGCGCCAGAUGGAAAUGGCUGAGGUUGAGGAUCUUAUCUCGAAAGCUCGACGCGAAGCCGAUGAAAUUACGAAACGAGAGAAGGCAGCUGCGAAGAAAGAACGCAGAGAGAGGGGUGAGGAGGAUCCCCUUGGAGACAGCAGCGAUGAUGAAGACUGGGAGGAAGGAAAAGGUGGCGACCAAGAGCUCUCGGUUUCUGGAUCGGAGGAGGAGGAUAUCAUUGAUGAAGAGGAGGAAGAAGAUGAAGAAGGUGAUGAUGAAAUGGACGACCAGGAGACGACUGCCGUAAACCCAAUGUUUGAUAAUGAGGCUGCUGAAGAUGAGGAGGAAGCAGAGGCUAAUUUGUCUAUUGAUGAAGAGCUGGCCGACGAUGCCGAUGUUGACGAAGAGGAUCUUGAUCAUCUACCGGCCAACCAACAACAAAGGCGGAACAGAAAGGCAGUCAUCUCGGACGAGGAGGAUGAGGACGAAGAAGAUAACGAAAAGUCACACCCAUCACCAUGGGCUGAAUCACCCAUGCAGCUGCGUACGGAUUCACCGCGAGCUCCAAAUUCGGUAUUGCGCUCCGCUACGAAGACAUUUAUCCCUGGAGUUACUGUAGAUGGUCCAGCGGGCCUUGGUUUAACUCAAAUAUUUGCCGGGACUAUGGACGAUAGCCAGUUCGACGCCGAGGAAGGGAUAUCGCCGUCUGCGCGGCCAACUUUAGGGUCUCCUCAAGUCCAUAAUGGCCAGGGCUCGAUGGCGUUUUUGAAAAGAUUCCCGGCGCCCCAGCUUCCACUUUUUGUGCCUACGAUGUCGGAGGACACGCAAGACCAAGAUGUGGUUUUGGAUAGUCAAUCAGUUGAUGGCGAAUCUCAACAAACGGAAUCAGUUUCCCAAGCGAUUGAGCUAAAGUUCUCCCAGUCCCAAAUUCACGGUUUCGAUAGCCUAGUUCAAGAUAGCCAGUUAUCACAAUUCCCAGAAGCCACGCAGGAUGUAGGAUUCCAGCAUAUGACCCCUGUUAAAGGAAGAUUUGUUGACGCGCCUCCUUCGACGACUGAUACUGUUAUGCUCGCACCAACAGCAAUGCCAGAAAAUAUGGAGGAGACGCCUAUUGUGAGAAAGAAGGGCAGACUCCGCCAAAGAGCUCAGGUCGCUACAUUCUCAGACGAAGAGGAUAAUGGCGAGCUUCUAGAAAAUCUUCUUGAAGAGGACGAAUUUGAGAUCAACGCCAGUGCGUUUGAUGUCAUGCGUAAAGCGACUAAAGCGAAGACCGUGGUUGACGACUUUGACAAGAAGAAGAGCAAAGCAAAGGAUAUGGUAAACGAGCAGGCCGAAGAGUCCGAAGAUGAGUAUGCAGGACUGGGCGGUGCUAGUGAUGAUGAAAGUGGAGAGGAGGAUGCUUUCGUGAAAGAAAUGAUUGAUGAUGAAGGUGGCAAAGAUGUUGAUGAGAGUAAACUUGCUGCAUUCUUUGCGGACCGUGAAAGGGCAAAUGAUGAGAAGCAGGUCGAAAAGCUUUACAAAGAUAUCACAAAUGGCAUGCUCCGUCGUAAAAGAGGAGCAGAUUAUGAUCUUUCCGAUUCAGAUGACGGAGGAGAAGCCCGACGACGUAAAAAGCGUGCAGAGUUUGCGAAGAUGCGGAAAGCUCUGCUAGCCGAUGAGCGGAUUGGAAAGAUUGCGGAGAAUCCCAAAAGACAAGCCUUCCUCCGCGCGAUUGAAGACCGUGGCAGUGAAGAUGAGAUGGAUUUCUUGGAGGACUUCGCAGAGCCAGAAGAGGGAACAGACUCUCAAUCCCAGUCUCAAGGCGAAAACCCUGAGCAAAUUGUUCAAGACAGUCAACCAACUGCCAUGGCUCCGCCAAAACGGAAACUGUCCAACGACGCAGACGCUGAACAGAGGCCACCACCACAUCUUCGCCGCACCAAGCCUGGCAAGAAGCCGGCGAAUCUUUCUGAGAUCAGAGAAUCACUUUCAAGUCUCAUCGAUGAGCCUAACGCUAUGAUAGCACCAGCUGAGUCUGAGUCCGACUCUGAGAACGAGCUAGAAAUAGAAGGCCAGCCGGACAGCCGGAAGGAAAAGGAGAACCGCGAUCCCUUCGCACUCCGAAGAACAAAGGUCCCUGUCAUUGACCGCAUCUCCUUGAAACGAGCUUCCUCUAGCUCCAUAUCCUCGAACGCUCGAAUGGCAUUCGCAGUUUCUUCGGCCGGACCAGGAUUCAAAGUGCCUGCUCUAUUGAGACGCGCUACUACGAAUAGUAGUGUUACUUCAUCCACCAGUUCUACUCUCACUGGCGGUAUGUCUGCAACUGAGCGGAUGGCAGGGCCUGCUAGUAGCGAUGGAGUUAAGAGGGGUGGUGGGAAGAAUAGUGGUGUGCAUUAUUUUGCAAGGGAGAGUGAGAGGAGGGCUGCCGUUGUGAAGACGGAGAAGAGGAGAGAGCUGAAGUUGGUUAAGGGGGCACAGGGAAGGCGGAAGGUUGUGGGAGGGUUGUUUGGUGCCGGGAAGUUUGAGUGA